AUGCUGAGGUCCAUAACGCGGCCGUUAUCCUUCCACAAUAUUCAUGCCCUAAGAAUACUUGCAUCCCAUCCUCCGAUCAAAGGACCGCCUACAGCCGGGCGUCUUGGGAGAAACGUCUCAACGUCUGCGGUUCGCAAUGCGACAUACAGGCGCUUUGGAGACCGCAAGCCAGAGCCAAUAGCCGAAGCCGUUGGUGGUGGGACGGCACCACGGUCCCGGCCUCGUCUACGCUACCAGAUAUUGAUGGGCUUGGGAGGCGCCGCAGGAUUGUACUAUGUGACACACUUAGAGCGCGUACCGGAGACCGGUCGUCUACGGUUCAUGGAUAUCUCUCCCAAGUUCGAGGAAAUGUUGUGGUCGGAAUCAUAUGGUAGCAUGGUGAACGAAUAUAGAGGAAAGAUCCUCCCGCCAAACCACCCUCUCGUCCGCCGUGUCCAUGCCGUCGCCUCAAGGAUACUCGAGGCCAACAAUCUGGGUACUUUACACGCAGUCGGUGCGGACGAGUCGAUGUCGAUGAAGAGCAUACUAUUCGGGAGGAAACGAGACGCCUCGGAAGGAUGGGACGCCCCUGCCUCGUCGGAUAACGUGAAAGGCGGUCUAGCGCACAAGGAGUGGCACCUCAUCGUCGUUAAUGACCCCAAGAUGGUGAACGCGGCGGCAGCACCUGGGAGCAUCGUCGUGUUCACCGGUAUACUUCCCGUGGUCCAAGACGACGAGCAUCUGGCCGCAGUGCUCGGACACGAGGUUGCCCAUGUCGUUCUGCGUCACAGCGCCGAAAGCAUGUCUUCCAUGCGCAUCGCUUUCCUUAUAGCGCUCGCUAUCGACCUAAUGGUCGGCGCACACGGCGCCGGAGGAUUACUCACAUCCUUAAUUAUGAACCUUCCGAACUCCCGGAAGAAGGAACUGGAAGCUGAUCAGGUCGGACUCCGACUUGCCGCGAACGCCUGUUUCGAUCCCAAGGCUGCUCCGGAGGUCUUUGAGCGACUGGGUGAACUAGAGCGCAAGAUGGGCAUGUCCGGCAUGGACAUACUGCAGACGCAUCCUGCCUCAGACAAGCGCGUUCAGGCGUUGAAAGCGCGUCUCCCCGAAGGCUAUUCCAUAUUGUCUGCCAACCCUUCCUGUGCGGAGACGCGUAGCCAUUUCACCUCGUUCAAGGAGUUCUUCCGGUCUUCUGCGCCUGCCGUUCAAGAAGCUCCCAUGCCUGUUCCAGUAUCUUCAGUCGGCGCCUCCUUCCCAGACGUUCACGUGGAUCAUCAAGAGAGGCCAACACCUCGCAACUCUAGGCCGCCUCUUCCAUCGUCAGUUUCUGAACUCGACUUGCGAUUCGUCGUCCAGCGCGUGAGGAUGGAGCGGCCGCCGUCGGAUGAUAGCGAGAGAAGGGCAUACAUCACCGAAGCCGUGAAGAAAGGGGAAGCCCUCUUUACUGACCCAAACCCAUUGCCCGCGGCUGUAUAUCUUUACCGUGCUCUACGGGCACACCCCGACCCGUCUCGAGUGUUAGAGACGUACCGGCGCCAGGUUCCGGAACCAGUAUAUGCGGUUGUGGUCCGUCUGGCCGAGAUGACAUAA